GCUUACCGUGUCUGAAGCUAAUCGUGUGUCAACACUUUAUUCCGGAUUAAACUUCACGAUCUAAAGUGUGAAACCAGCAGAGUCCAGGUCUUAGCUGCCGUCUGAUGGGCUCAUGAGAACAUCGGAGGGAGAAGACUCAGUUCCUGAAGCAUCAUGGCCGCUGUUGAGGAGCAGCCUGAGAAACACUGCUGGGUGUGUUUCGCCACCGAGCGGGACGACCACGGCGCCGAGUGGGUGAGUCCCUGCCGCUGUAAGGGCUGCACCAAAUGGAUCCAUCAGUCGUGUCUGCAGCGCUGGCUGGACGAGAAGCAGAAAGGCAACAGUGGGGGGGCAGUGAGCUGUCCGCAGUGUGGCACCGAAUACCACGUGGUCUUCCCCAAGAUGGGCCCCUUGGUGUACUUCCUGCAGCAGGUGGACAGAGCUCUGUCUCGGGUCAGUCCAUUCGCGGCGGUGGGGGUGGUGGUCGGGACGGUGUACUGGUCAGCCGUCACAUACGGAGCUGUGACCGUCAUGCAGGUUGUGGGUCAUAAGAAGGGUUUGUAUGUGAUGGAGCGAGCCGACCCCCUCUUCCUGUUGAUGGGUCUGCCCACCAUCCCUGUGGUGCUGGUCCUGGGAAAGAUGAUCCGCUGGGAGGAUUAUUUAAUUCGGCUGUGGCACAAACGCAGCCUGCCUCCAGGGAGCUACCGCUAUCUGCCUCGUCUGCCUGCCGACGGCCCGGGGGCCGGAGACCACCUGUCCGUGUCCAGGACGCUGUGCGGAGCGCUCAUCUUUCCCUCCAUCGCCAGUCUGGUCGGGAGGAUUCUGUUUCGACGGGUUUCAUCGAGUCUGCAGCGAACGAUGCUGGGAGGCCUGGUGUUCGUGCUGAUCAAAGGAGUUCUGAAGGUGUAUUUCAAACAGCAGCAGUACAUCGUCCAGGCCAACAGGAACAUCCUCAACUACCCCGAGAGGAACGGGAACGGACAGAACGAGGGAGGAGAGGAGGACGCCGAGGACACAGAGGACGCCGAGGACACAGAGGACGCCGAGGACACAGAGGACACAGAGGAGAGUGGAAACGAGUAGCAGGAGCGGGAGUCGAUGGCAGAGAUGAUUUUAUAAAAAAACAAAUGUAUUUUUAUCGUGAAACAAAAAGCAGAACUCAGACGACUGGUUGUGGCACCAGUGGCAGUUGGGGUCUCAUAAUUCAUGGACACCAUUAUAAAGUCGGACAUUUUCCAAAUCUAAAACCAGUUUAUGGCUCAUUUAAAAAAGUUGAGAAUUUGCCUCUUCACCUUUUUCAAGAUAUUUGAAUCUUAGUUUGGCUCUAAAAGUCCUGAAUGUUGAAACAUGUUGUUCUGUUUGCAAACAAUCAAUUUACCCUCAGUGCCUAUUAUUAUGAUAUGAAUCAGUUCUGCCUGAGAGAAAACUGUUUAUGAGAUCAUACAAUGUCGAGCUGCUGAAUCAGAGGUGUUGGUAGAAUGUGGGGUUGGGUGUUUCUAGGGAUACAGGUAAAGCGUUUCAUAGUUUUAUGCACAGAUUAAUAAGGGUGUGGUUAUUUAUUGGUCUCAUGUUGCUCUUCCUUCUGACACUCAGUUAAAGCAGAGUUCAUAUUAAUAUGUCAUACUUUUCGACUCCUGCGGUUAAGGUAAAUAAAGCAGCUCCUGCUCCAGAAGGUUUAGAAAGAUUGAUCUUCUUUGCUUUUGCCAAAUGAAAAUGUAUUCAAAGAUGAAUGCAGUGUCCCGAAGCAGGAGUGUGUUAAACUGAGCUCAUAUUUUAUGUCUUGGAGAAUAAUUUGUCUAAUAAAUAUCUCUUUCUCAUUCUG